AUGCCACCUGCUCGCGCUUCGUUAAGCGCGUUUCUCGCCCGGGCAAAGAAGGUCCUCGCAGCCCCAGCAAGCCAGAGACCGACGCCCUUGACAUUUGUCGUCGGCAACGAAUCAGCAGACCGCGACUCACUGUGCUCGGCCCUGCUGUUUGCGUACAUUCGCUCGCAUGCGCCACCCCACUACACCCUGCACAUCCCCAUCUCCAACUUGCCCAGGGCCGACCUCGCCCUGCGGCCCGAGCUUAACGCCGUGCUCAAGUACACGGACGUCCAGGCUGGCGACCUGCUGACGCUGUCUGAGCUGGCGCAGGUGAAGGACCUGGACCCGGCGCAGACGCGCUGGCUGCUGGUGGACCACAACGCGCUGACGGGCCAGCUGGAGGGGCCGUACAGCCAAUUUGUGGUGGGCUGUGUGGACCACCACGAGGACGAGGGCAAGGUCCCCGCGGAUGGAGACCCGCGGGUGGUGAGGAAGACGGGCAGCUGUAUGAGCCUUGUGGUCGAGAGCUGCCGCGACACGUGGGAUAGUCUGUCUGCUGAGGCUGACAGCACGGAGGUCGAUGCCCAUUUAGCGCAUGUGGCUUUGGGGCCGAUCCUCAUCGACACAACCAAUCUGACGUCCAAGGAUAAGACGACCGAUACCGAUGUCGAGGCAGUGGACUUCAUUGAGGCCAAACUCGGCAGCGAGGCAGGCUACGACAGGGAGAAGUUCUUCGACGAGGUCACUCGCGUCAAAGAAGACGUGUCCGGCCUCAGCUACAGAGAUCUAUUCCGAAAGGACUACAAGCAGUGGAACGACGGGAACAUGGUGCUCGGCGUAUCGAGUAUCGUGCAGAAUUUUGACUACAUGCUGAGCAAGAUCGGAGACGAGAAGACACUGGUGCAGGAACUUCGCGAGUGGGCGGAGGAGCAACAUCUCGAUAUCGCAUCUAUCAUGACUACCUCACACACCAAUGGAUUCAGUAGGGAUCUCAUGGUGUGGGCUCUGAACAAGGAAGCGGUGAAGGUCGUCAAGACAUUCGUUGAUAAGAACAAGGACGAACUCAAAUUAGAGACGUGGGGCGAUGGCAAACUCGACGACACAAACGGGCCAGACGAGCUGCGACUCUGCUGGCGGCAGAAGCAGACGAGGCACAGUCGCAAGCAGGUGGCGCCCAUGCUGAGAUCAGCAAUGAAAGAAACGCCGAAGCUGUAG